CAAUCAGCGGGCGGCAGGGUGCCAGCCCCGGGGCUGCGCCGGCGAAUCGGCGGGGCUCGCGGCCCGGGGUGGGAGGCGGGUCUACUGCGCGGCCGCGGCGGCGGCGGAGCAGCUCCCAGCCAGCAGCCAGCGAGCGCCGAGCGAGCCGCCCGGAGGUCAGAUAGAGGAGUGUCUUCUCUCAGCGCGGGUUGCGGCCUUUGGUGAGAGCAUGUCGUCCAUCUUGCCAUUCACUCCACCGGUUGUGAAAAGGCUGCUGGGAUGGAAGAAAUCAGCUGGUGGAUCUGGAGGAGCAGGCGGAGGAGAGCAGAAUGGACAAGAAGAAAAGUGGUGUGAGAAAGCAGUUAAAAGUUUGGUGAAGAAGCUAAAGAAAACAGGACGAUUAGAUGAGCUUGAGAAAGCCAUCACCACUCAAAAUUGUAAUACUAAAUGUGUCACCAUACCAAGCACUUGCUCUGAAAUUUGGGGACUGAGUACACCAAAUACGAUAGAUCAGUGGGAUACAACAGGCCUUUACAGCUUCUCUGAACAAACCAGGUCUCUGGAUGGCCGUCUACAAGUGUCCCAUCGGAAAGGACUGCCACAUGUGAUAUAUUGCCGAUUGUGGCGCUGGCCUGACCUUCACAGUCACCAUGAGCUCAAAGCAAUCGAAAACUGCGAAUAUGCUUUUAAUCUUAAAAAGGAUGAAGUAUGUGUAAACCCUUACCACUACCAGAGAGUUGAGACACCAGUUCUGCCUCCCGUACUGGUGCCGCGGCACACUGAGAUCCUAACAGAGCUGCCUCCUCUGGACGAUUAUACCCACUCCAUUCCAGAAAACACUAAUUUCCCAGCGGGAAUUGAGCCACAGAGUAAUUACAUCCCAGAAACGCCACCUCCUGGAUAUAUCAGUGAGGAUGGAGAGACAAGCGAUCAGCAGUUGAACCAAAGUAUGGAUACAGGAUCUCCAGCAGAACUAUCUCCUACUACUCUUUCCCCCGUUAAUCAUAGUUUGGAUUUGCAGCCAGUUACUUACUCAGAACCUGCAUUUUGGUGUUCAAUAGCCUAUUAUGAAUUAAACCAGAGGGUUGGCGAGACCUUCCACGCAUCACAGCCCUCACUCACUGUCGACGGUUUCACAGAUCCAUCCAAUUCAGAGAGGUUCUGCCUAGGGUUGCUCUCCAACGUCAACCGAAACGCGACUGUAGAAAUGACAAGAAGACAUAUAGGAAGAGGAGUGCGCUUAUAUUACAUCGGUGGAGAAGUUUUUGCCGAGUGCCUAAGUGAUAGUGCAAUCUUUGUGCAGAGCCCCAACUGUAAUCAGAGAUACGGCUGGCACCCUGCAACCGUGUGUAAGAUCCCACCAGGCUGUAAUCUGAAGAUCUUCAACAACCAGGAAUUUGCUGCUCUUCUGGCUCAGUCCGUUAAUCAGGGUUUUGAAGCCGUGUAUCAGCUAACUAGAAUGUGCACCAUAAGAAUGAGUUUUGUGAAAGGGUGGGGAGCGGAAUACCGAAGGCAGACGGUAACGAGCACUCCUUGCUGGAUUGAGCUUCAUCUGAAUGGACCUCUACAGUGGUUGGACAAAGUAUUAACUCAGAUGGGAUCCCCUUCAGUGCGUUGCUCGAGCAUGUCAUAAGGCUUCGUCACCACUCAAGCCCCAUCAAAAGACUCAAUGUACCAACUCUUCUGUCAUAGUAUUUGUGUGUGGUCCCCAUGGACUGGUCACUGUCCAAAAAUUCAAGAGAGAAAACAGCACUUGAGGUCUCACCCAUUAAAGCACCUUGUGGAAUCGGUUUCCUAUAUUCGAAUAUUAGAUGGGAAAAUUAGUGUCUAGAAAUACCCUCCCAUAUAGGAGAAAGAGAAGAUUUUAAAGACUUAACUGAUGUCUCGUUGGGCAUAAAACCGAGUGUCCCACAGGUUUGUUAAUACCAGUAGUAGCUCUGUGUACAGGUAAUGUGUCAUGAUCCAGCAUCACAGUACUGUGCUGUUCAUAUACACGUUUAGUUUGCUUAAAUUAGGUGUGUGUGUGCUGCUUCUUGAAUUAGGCAAGCCUUUAUAAAGUUACAGUACCUAAUCUGUUAUUCCCACUUCUCCGUUAUUUUUGUGUGUCUUUUUUAAUAUAUAAUAUAUAUCAAGAUUUUCAGAUUAUCAUUUAGAAGCAGAUUUCCCUUGUAGAAAAACUAAUUUUUCUGCCUUUUACCAAAAAUAAACCCUUGGGGGAAGAAAAGUGGAUUAACUUUUGAAAUCCUUGACCUUAAUGUGUUCAGUGGGUCAUUAAACAUUCAUUUUGUGUUAUUUACUGCUAAAUCUCACUAUACGGAAACUGCAGAAAAUCUUUCCAGACCUCUCUUCCAUUCCCACUUUUGCCCUGAUACUAAAACCAUGUAGCAUGACAUCCAUCACUAGUAAUGGUGGCUCCAGUACUGCCAGCACCAGUUAGUUCUGGGGCACAGUACGAGUUCAUACGGCUAAGUCCCUUUGUCUUAAAACAGAUUUCCAUGGAUAGUAAUAGACUCGUGUAACCAAGCAGUCUGUUGAUUUAUCCUGACACCUCAUCAGAACAAAUGGCAGUAGAAUCAUUUUCAGGGAUAUGCUACAAUUACUUCAGUAUAUUUAUCCUUUUUUUAAAGCCAGUCUAUAGAUAUAAACACUCUUUUUUAAAAGCUCUUUUAAAAUAUUUCAAUAGCAGACCUAGUGCUCUCUGAGUUUCUUUUGAGUUCGUUACCAGGUUGUAUUAUGAAAUGGACCUUUUGUAAAUGUAAUUGCUUCUGCAAAAUACCUACAAAAGUGAUGCUGAGGUAUGAUCAGCAGAUAAGGGCCAUCUGUUUUUUAAAGUAUGUUGUAUUAAAUUUAUAAAAAUCUGUUAUUUUACAUAAUUAUGAAUUCAGAAUUUUAAACAUUGGGGAGAAGCAGUUUAGCGAGUUUUUUAGCUUAUAAUUACCUACAGUCUGGGCUCUUCUGAACUAAUCCUAAAUGUGUGGUUGGUAUUACAACCAAGGACAUUUUAGGCUGUGUGGCGAGAGGAGAUUCCAGAAGCUGCACUACGUUGGUAGUCCAUCUGUUCAGUGGCAAAUAAUCCUUAGAUGGAAUGUUGACUCUGCAGUUUAAACAGUUCUUGUUUGCAUCUCUUUACAAGAGGGAAAUUGCCACUCCUGACCCCCUGCUAGUAAAUUUUCAGAUUUUGGAGAUAGACACUUUUGGUACAUGUUCUUUGAAACCAUAUUCAGCUGUCUCUACUGGUAUCAUUUUCAAUACUCUCAGCAUUUGAUUGUUUUCUACUGGGUAUUCCCCCAUUUUCCUAUAUUUGUGUGUACAUGUAUGUGUUCAUGCAGACUUGGUAUAGUAAUUUUUUAUUCUUUCAGCAAGUAGUUCCUCUUCACCUGUUAUGUGUGCCGGGAACUUUCUUUGCUUUGGGUAAAGGUGAACAAAUCAGAUCCAGUCCUGGCCAUGGCUGAGACGUCAGUUACUCUAACCCUUAAUUAGCUCAUUUGUCUACGAAGGAGGUAAACAGGGGACUGUGGUAGAGCAUAGCAGGGAAGGCUUUUCUAAGGAAGUGGUGCUUGAGCUGACAUUUGACAUGAGAAGGGAGCAGGCCAUGGGGAGAGCCCAGGAGACUGGCAUUCCUGGCAAGGAGAAGCAUCAAAUGCCAAGGUUCAUUGUGAAGGCAGCUCAUCAUUAGGUAUUAAUGCUUGCCCAGAAGUCUCUUCACAGAUCCAAACUUGGGGACCAGAAGGGUUCUUUAAUUUACAAUAGUUUAUAUAGUGGCCUUACUUGAUAGACGGCUUCCCUUGUCCCAGGUAUGACCACUGUCAGGCCGGCUGGAGAGAGCCAGUGCAGCCUCUGACCUUUGGAAGGUUUUAGCUUCCUUGAGAGCUUGUGGUGAUGUCAGGGAACAGUUCUGGGGGCAGAGAACAGGUUUGAAAGAGGCAAAAGGGCCUGGCGAUGAGUCUUGGAUGGAGGUGUUCCGUGAAGCCGUUCCAGUGACAGCAUUCCAACUGUGAUUCUAUCUCCAGCUGUGUUGGGGCUCUUCCUUAGAAUAUUCAACUGGGACUCGGCUCUUUGGCGAUGCCUGUUACACUGAGCGCCCAACACCCAUCGAGCCGUUGACUCCACUCGUGUUCAGUAAUCUUACAUGCCUUUUUAGAAGAUGCUAUUUCUUGAAUUCUGUUUUGUCUACUGUGGCUUAAAUCUUGUUGAAUUUCCCCCCCCCCCCUUUAUUGGGGUUGUUUUCAUUCUUCUGAAUGAUAAGUUCUCAAUGUUGAAUUUUGUCCCUGUUUAAAUGAGCAACAUUAUUUAGAACUGCCCCUCCACAGGGCUGAUAACUUUCUUGGUCUCACGUGAGAACUGAGUGAACGCGUUUUCCAUCACAUUCCUAAGAUGGAUGGUGAUUUACAGUCAAGUCCAGCCAGAGCCACCGUAGGGAAUUGGAGGCUGGUGACAUCCCCAUUGACUUUGGUUUAACCAGUGGCAGCUUUGUUUCCAUCCUGUAAUGGAGUUCUAUAUAGAUUUCUUUUUAAAAAAGAGUUUUACAGCUU